CAAAAGCCGUUGUUUACAAACGUUUAAUCAAUUGCUAACGUUACCAUCAAAUAUAGAGGAUAUGCGUUAAUGUGGAUGACGCCUGGACGUAAUUCGAGUGUGACAAAGUGUGACAAAUUAUGCCAGCUGCUUAUAUUAUAUGCACAUUGUACGAUGGUAGCAAUAUUUCUGAUAAGCCUUAAGCUUGAGGGUUUCUAAUUAUAGAAAUAUGGCUGAGACAUCAGGUCGGAACAUACAACGUCAGACACCUGAUAUUGAAGACGUCAAGCCUAGUAAUCAACCAACAUUAGAAGGUAUUAUUAAUACAAAUCAAGACAAUGAGGACCCCGAAUCUAAUGUAAAACCAAAUAUCCGACUUUGUAAAAGAAGGUUUCUGGUUUUAGCAGUAUUCUGUUUCUAUUCGAUGUCGAACUCAUUCCAAUGGAUCGAAUACGCCAUUAUUUCCGAUAUUAUUCUGAAGUAUUACAAAGGUACAAGUACUUUAGCAGUGGUUUGGACAUCGAUGGUCUACAUGCUGGCAUACAUACCCUGCAUGUUCGUUGCAACUUGGAUUCUGGAUAAGUGGGGAAUGCGUAAGACUUUGCUACUAGGAGCGAUUCUUAAUGCGGUGGGGGCGACGAUCAAAAUUGGCAGCGUGAGCCCGAAUCUGUUUGCUGUUUCGUUUGUAGGCCAAACAAUCUCCGCUAUUUCCCAAGGAUUUUUACUUGAAAUGCCACCAAAAAUUGCCUCCGUUUACUUCGGUCCAAACGAAGUAUCGACAGCCACAUCUAUUGGAGUCUUUGGAAAUCAACUAGGUGUGGCGCUCGGGUUUCUUCUUCCUCCUCUUAUUGUUCCUAAUGGUAACUUGGACGAAAUAGGCGCAGGACUCCGCAUUCUCUUUAUAUCUUCAGCGUCCGCUUGUUGUCUAGCUGCAUUGCUAAUAUUUGCCUUUAUGAAGGACGGACCACCCCUGCCGCCAAGUCGAGCACGAUGGUUGGUAAUAAAUACAAAACUGUCCAGCACAUCGGACACGUUUAGUAACUACAAACGCUCUCUCAGAGUUCUAAUUCGAAACAUGCCCUUUUUGAUCACGUUUUUUUGUUACGGCAUUAUUACAGGGGUAUACUACGCCCUUGGUAGUUUACUUAAUAUGAUUAUUGGGGAAAUGCAUGAAGCAGCAGGACAAGAAAUAGGGCAGAUCGGUUUAACAAUGGUGGUAACUGGAUUAGGAGGUUCUGUGUUAUGUGGCAUCUUCUUGGAUAAAACGAAGCUUUAUAAACCAACAACGCUGGGAGUGUAUGUCUUCUCUUUAGCGUUUAUGAUCAUAUUUGCAUGCACUUUGCAUCUGGCGUUGCUCUGGCUGGACUACAUAACUAUUGGUCUUCUCGGCUUCUUUAUGGCGGGAUACUUGCCCAUAGGUUUUGAACUUGCUGCCGAAAUAACUUAUCCAGAGUCCGAAGCGACGUCGGCCGGUUUACUAAACGUUUCCGCCAAUGCAAUUGGGAUUGUUUUGACCUUAUGCGCAGAAGAGAUACAUCGAUUACAUGGCUCUACACCAACUGUUAUAUUCAUGUCAGCUACGCUGUUCCUGGGAACAGUAUUAACAGCCUUGGUCAAAACAGACUUAAAAAGACAAAAAGCUGGAAAGGUAGACAAUAGACUGGAAAUUAUAACAUAACCAGAGGACGCGACAAAAAGUUAUAUCUUGUGUAUCCUAACGUAACAGCAGUCGCUAUAACACGAGUUUUCUUUUUAACACAUCUCGUGUCGGCUUCUGAAUUAUCACAUAUGCAAUUUUUAAAUGG